UUUAAUAUAUUUGUUGGUUCACUUUCUUGGUUUAUAAGAAGCAUUCUUUUCUUUUUUCCCUUCUCAUGUUCUACACUCCUCUCUCUCUUUUUUUAGUUUUUGACUACAAAAAAAAAAAUCUUCUUUUUCAACCAAAAAUGUUUAAGAAACUCAUGGGGUUUGCUUAAUAUAUUUGUUGGUUCAUCUCAUUUCAUUUUCUUGGUUUAUUAUUAUUAUUAUUAUUAUUAUUAUUAUCAAUGGCUUCCAUUUUCUUGUUUCUUCUCUCUUUGUUACUGUUUUCUACUACUCUUUGUUUCUCAUAUGAAGCUAGAAAUCAUGAAGUGGAAGCUUUGAUUGCUAUAAGGAGAAGUUUAAAUGAUCCAAAUGGAGCUUUAAAUAAUUGGGAUGAAGAUUCUGUUGAUCCUUGUAGUUGGGCUAUGAUCACUUGUUCUGAACAAAAUCUUGUUACUACACUAGGAGCUCCAAGUCAAGGUUUAUCUGGGGUUUUAUCUGGGAUGAUAUCAAACCUAACAAACCUUAAACAAGUUUUAUUGCAAAACAACAAUAUUUCAUGGCAUAUUCCAAAGGAAUUAGGGAAACUUCCCAAUCUACAAACAUUGGAUCUGUCUAAUAACCAGUUUUCUGGUCAUGUGCCUGAAUCUUUGGGCAUGUUAAACAGUCUUCAAUAUCUAAGGUUGAACAACAACAGCUUGUCUGGUGCUAUUCCUAUUUCUUUAGCAAGGGUCCCUCAGCUUGCAUUCUUGGACUUGUCCUUCAAUAAUUUGACCGGACCUAUUCCUAAAUUUCCUGCCAGAACUUUCAAUGUCGUGGGCAACCCUCUGAUUUGUGGAAAUCACUCGACCGAGACUUGCUUUGGAUCGGUGAACCCGAUGCCCCUGUCGUUCGAUAUUGAUUCCACUGGUAAACGCAGCUCGAAAAGACUAGCAAUUGCAAUGGGACUUAGUAUCAGCUUUAUCUCUAUUUUCCUCUUAGGCUUUGGAUUCAUAUUUUGGAAGAGGAACCAGAACAGGAAACAGUCUAUUCUAAACAUUAAUGAUAUGCAAGAGGAGGAUCUAGUUAGACUAGGAAAUCUCAGAAGCUUCACAUUUAAAGAACUUCAACGUGCAACAAACAAUUUCAGCUCCAAGAACAUUCUUGGUGCUGGCGGAUUUGGCAAUGUUUACCGUGGAAAGUUCGGGGAUGGCUCGUUUGUAGCGGUGAAGCGACUGAAAGAUAUUAGCGGAACGGCUGGAGAAUCACAGUUCCGGACUGAAUUGGAGCUAAUUAGCUUGGCAGUACAUAGAAAUUUGCUCAGGUUAAUUGGUUACUGUGCUACCCCGAACGAGAGACUCCUAGUAUAUCCGUACAUGUCUAAUGGUAGUGUGGCAUCAAGACUUAGAGGAAAACCGGCACUGGAUUGGAAUACUAGGAAGAGGAUUGCAAUCGGAGCUGCUAGAGGUCUUCUUUAUCUCCACGAACAAUGUGAUCCGAAGAUAAUCCACAGAGAUGUGAAGGCAGCAAAUGUCCUAUUAGAUGACUACUGUGAAGCUGUUGUCGGGGAUUUUGGCCUUGCAAAGCUCCUCGAUCACGCUGACUCUCAUGUUACCACAGCUGUUCGUGGAACGGUCGGCCACAUUGCUCCCGAGUACCUUUCCACUGGUCAAUCGUCCGAGAAAACGGAUGUGUUUGGAUUUGGUAUCCUUUUGUUAGAGCUUAUAACUGGGAUGAAAGCAUUUGAAUUGGGAAAAACAGUAAACCAGAAAGGAGCAGUACUUGAAUGGGUUAAGAAAAUGCAGCGGGAGAAGAACGUCGAAGCUCUCAUUGACAGAGAGCUCGGGAGCAACUACGACACGAUUGAUGUAGGGGAGAUGCUACAAGUGGCUAUACUCUGUACUCAAUACCUACCCGCCCACCGGCCCAAAAUGUCGGAGGUGGUCCGUAUGCUUGAAGGCGACGGGCUUGCCGAAAAAUGGGCUGCCUCUCAUAACUACUAUGAUGGAUCAGCCACAAACUUCUCUCUUAACCAAAACAGUAACAAAACUCAGAAUAGAGACUCUAUGGUCCCUCCUGGAUAUGAUGACAAUGAUCAUGAUCAUUUGAGCAUGUUUGGGAUGAUGGAUGAUGACUAUGACACACAUGCCAUGGAGCUUUCAGGUCCAAGAUAAUAGCAAUAUAUCCAAAAAGGAAAAAAAAAUAGAACAAAUAUAGGUGCUUAAUUCUUUUCAAUUUUUAAGUUAGUUCCCUUAACUCUAUCUAAAGCAUGUUGGUGAAGAAAAAGAAAGUUGUUUUUAUUUUAUGGGUUUUACUUUUCCCUCCCUUAUAUUCCCUUUAGGUUGUAGAUUUGCCUUGUUUGAUAAGUACACUUUUAGGAGUUUUUGGAUUUAAUGUAAAUAUCAUAAUAUCCAUC